GCGUCAAAAUAAAAUUGUCAGAAGUAAACAACACCGAAUCUCGCCGAUCAAGUUCAACUUGUCUGAGAAAUUGUUUCGUUCCGUGUUGAAAAAGGUGGUGUUAAAGUGCGCUGCAGUUAUAGGUCGAAGCGCCAUGGCACUGUCCAAUGUGCUGACACUAAGCCAAAUGGCAGGACAUGUCAUAGCGCUUAUCCUGUCGCUCUGUAUCUUCAUCCCGUUAUCGGCUCACGUUCAUUCCUUCAACGGGCAUUGCCUACUGUUUGCCACCGGAACCUGGCAGGAGAAGGAUGGUCUGUUCGACGUUAGGUGGGCCUCGGAAGCCAAUUGCAAUUAUCCUAUUCUGGUAGGAGUGGCACUGUUCGUUAUCGCCGGUCUGCAAAUCUAUCGUCUGGCUAUUCUGGUUCAUCGCGAAUUGGAAAGUUCCUUUCUGGCACUAUUCUUCGAUGUAGUUUUCAGCGUGAGUCUAUGCGCAAUGACUGUCAAUGCUGCCAUCAUCAUAACCCUCGGAUUCAUGACAUGGUGCAGCGAUAUGACAGAGCGUUUUCCCUCAUGCGAAAUCGCCGACGGCCAGAACAUCACUAAGGCCCAACUGAACAUUCAAACCUCCGGUUUCUACAUCGAAAUGGGAACCGCUCAAUUCGGAGCGUGGGCCUCAUUUGCCACCUGGGUUGGGCUGUCUGUUUUUGCACUGCUGAAACUUAUUAACAAUCACCAGCUUAGGAACAUUAAAGUCUCGAUGUACAUCGAACGCCAACGGCUUGUCAAUGAGGAUGUGUACCGAGGAACGACCUCGGAGGUACCGACUGGGCCCGGAGAGAACCAUGUCGAUUGAACACUUCAUGUCCUACACAACUAGUACAGGUUAGCGCAUUGUAAUGUCUGUUCUUGCUUAUUUAAAAGAGUGAGGGUUUGGACAAAAGUUAUAUGUGGUGAUUUAUGGCGAAAAAAUUUUGGUUUAGAAAGAAAGGUAUGUUUUAUUUGGAAUGAUUUUUCUUACAUUCCGCGUAUUUAACAUGAUAUUAUGUUCAACGUAUUCUCGUAUUUUGCUAAACAAGUAGCAAUGAUAAGUUAUUUCUCUGUUAACGCACUCUGAUGUGCUUUACUUCAAUGAGAAUUGUGAGCAGUCAUAAAAA